GGUCAGUCGAGCUCACACCGCUGGGGAUUGCACGCGCGCCGUCACGCUGCGCGCACACAAAACUUUCUUACGUCAAAUCCAUGGAUAUAACCUAACAAAACGCGAGUCGGACGCGAGUAAAAUGUGAAUGUGUGUUAUCCGAUAUGUAAUAAGUGUUAGUGACGUGCAGUGGCCGUAAGUUUUAGCGAUGAGUAUUCAAAAGUGUCUGUUGGAUAACUCUAGCAGGAUGAUCAAGGCGAUGUCCACCGCCAAGUCUUCCAACGAAGUCAAAACGAAGACCACACGAAGCUGGAUAGAGAGCACGUUCCAGAAGCGGGAGUGUCGGUGCUUCGUGCCCAGCGCCAAGGACGAGCAUGUAUGCUGGUGUGGACUCAGCAAGACGGCCCAUGGGUCCAACGUGCCAGUUGCGGCGCCGGGCGAGGCCUGGGUGCCGGCGAAACACACUCUGGCGGCGCCCACCGACGCCUACGGCACCGUGGAGUUCCAGGGAGGACCGCAUCCUACUAAGGCGCAGUACGUCCGUCUCUCCCACGACACCCGCUCGGACCUGAUAGUCCAGCUGCUGACGAGGGAGUGGGCGCUGGAGCGGCCCAAGCUGCUCAUCACCAUCCAGGGUGGCAAGGCCAACUUCGACCUGCAGCCCAAACUCAAGAAGGUGCUGAGAAAGGGACUCCUGAAAGCGGCGAAGACGACCGGCGCGUGGAUAUUCACAGGAGGGACCAAUACGGGUGUGACGCGGCAAGUGGGUGACGCGCUGCAGCUGGAGCGGUCGCAGCGCGCCGGCCGCGUGGUCAGCAUCGGCAUUGCGCCCUGGGGCAUCGUGGAGGGCGCCAGCGAGCUCAUCGGCAGGGGCAGGGACGUGCCCUACCACGCGAUAGCCUCGCCAAGGUCAAAACUAGCCGUCCUGAACAACCGCCACGCGUACUUCCUGCUUGUUGACAACGGCUCCGUGGGGCGGUACGGAGCGGAGAUCGUGCUGCGACGGAAGCUCGAGAAAUACAUCGCGGCGCAGAAACUACACCCUUACACCCACUCCUCGACGCCGGUGGUGUGUCUCGUGAUUGAAGGUGGUACCAACACGGUGCGGGCGGUGCUGGAGUAUGUGACGGACAACCCCCCGGUCCCGGUGGUCGUGUGUGACGGCAGCGGCAGAGCGGCGGACCUCAUUGCUUUUGUGCACAAAUAUGCAUCAGAGACCGGGGAGCAGACGGUGUUGGAGUCCAUGCGGGACUACCUCAUCGGCACCAUCCAGAAGACCUUCGAGGUGGGGCUGACCCAGGCCGAGUGUCUGUACGCCGAGCUGCUGCAGUGCACGCGCAAGAAGAACCUGAUCACCGUGUUCCGCAUCCAGGAGCGGGCGGAAGGCGGGGAAGUUCAGGAGCUGGACCAGGUGAUCCUGACGGCGCUGUUCCGGGCGCAGCACUUGUCGCCCAGCGAGCAGCUGUCGCUGGCGCUCACGUGGAACAGGGUGGACAUCGCCCGCUCCGAGAUCUUCGUGUACGGACAGGAGUGGCCGCCUGGUGCUCUAGACGAGGCGAUGAUGCAGGCGCUGGAGCACGACCGCAUCGACUUCGUGAAGCUGCUGCUGGAGAACGGCGUGUCCAUGCGCAAGUUCCUCACCAUCCCGCGCCUCGAGGAGCUCUACAACACCAAGAGCGGGCCCAGCAACACGCUCCGGUACAUCCUGCGAGACGUCCGGCCGCACUUACCCCGGGGCUACGUGUACACGCUGCACGACAUCGGCCUCGUCAUCAACAAGCUCAUGGGAGGUGCUUAUAGAUGCUACUACACUCGCCGCAAGUUCCGUCCGAUCUACGCGAAGGUGAUGAACAAGAGCGUGAACGUCCACCGCAACAGCGCCUCCUUCACCCGCCACACGGCCGGUGGCCUGUCGCUCAUCACCGGCUUCAUGCCCGUCACCACCGAGAUGGCGCUCUUCGACUACCCCUUCAACGAGCUGCUGAUGUGGGCAGUACUGACCAAGCGGCACCAGAUGGCGCUGCUGAUGUGGACCCACGGCGAGGAGGCGCUCGCCAAGUCCCUCGUGGCCUGCAAGCUAUACAAGGCCAUGGCGCACGAGGCCGCCGAGGACGACAUGGAGACAGAAGUGUAUGAGGAGCUCAGGCAUUAUGGCAAGGAGUUUGAGACUAAAGCCUUAGAACUACUAGACUACUGCUAUAGACAAGACGAUGACCAGGCGCAGCAGCUUUUAACCUGUGAGCUCCAGAAUUGGUCUGGUCAGACCUGCCUCAGCCUGGCCGUGGCGGCCAACCAUAGAGCCCUCCUAGCCCACCCCUGCUCUCAGAUCAUACUAGCAGACCUCUGGAUGGGAGGUCUAAGAACCAGAAAAAACACAAACCUCAAGGUAAUUCUGAGCCUGCUGUGUCCGCUGUACAUCCUCCAACUGGAGUUCAAGUCCAAGGAGGAGCUGCAGCUGAUGCCGCAGACGGAGGAGGAGCAUCUGGAGAACGAGAGCAUGGACGGCAGCAGCACAAAGGAUCUGACGGACGCGGAGCAGGCGUUGAUUGGCUCAGGGGUGGAAUGCGAGACGCGGGUGGACGCGAACGGGCGCGUGGGCAAGGUGGGCUGGGAGCCGCCCGAGCCGGAGCCGCCGCGCGCGCGCCCGUUGCGCCUGCGCAAGAAGAUAUACGAGUUCUUCACCGCGCCCAUCACCAAGUUCUGGGCGGAUUCGAUCGCGUACAUCCUGUUCCUGCUGAUGUUCACGUACACGGUACUGGUGCGGAUGACGGCGGCGCCCUCCUGGCCCGAGGUCUACUCCAUCUGCUACAUCAUCACCUUCCUCUGCGAGAAGAUCAGGGAGAUCAUCACCUCGGAGCCUGUGGCCAUACGACACAAGUUCAGCGUGUGGGCGUGGAACAUGUGGAAUACGUACGACGCCGGCUUCAUCAUCUUCUUCCUGGUGGGGCUGACGCUGCGGCUGCGCGCCGGUGCCAUGGACGUCGGCCGCGUCAUCUACUGCGUGGACAUCAUCUACUGGUAUCUCAGGAUACUGAACAUCCUGGGAGUUAAUAAGUAUCUGGGUCCUCUGGUCACCAUGAUGGGUAAGAUGGUGAAGAACAUGAUCUACUUCGUGGUGCUGUUGCUGGUGGUGCUGAUGAGCUUCGGCGUGGCGCGUCAGGCCAUACUCCAUCCGGACAAGGAGGCCAGCUGGUACCUCAUCAGGGAGAUAUUCUUUCAACCGUACUUCAUGCUGUACGGCGAGGUGUUCGCGCCGGACAUCGAUCCCGAGUGCGGUCUGGAGCUGGACGGCAUCCCGUGCGUCACCGGCCGCUGGAUCACGCCCGUCGCCAUGACGAUAUACCUCCUCGUCGCCAAUAUACUCCUCAUAAACCUCCUCAUUGCCGUCUUUAAUAAUAUAUUUAACGAAGUCAACGAAGUCUCGCAUCAGGUGUGGAUGUUCCAAAGGUUCACUGUGGUGAUGGAAUACGAACAGAAACCAGUACUCCCACCGCCCCUCAUCAUCUUCUGCCACAUAUACGCGACGUGCAAGUGGGUAACGCGCAACGUCUCCCACAAGCGCUUCCAGUAUGAUAAUGGGUUAAAGCUGUUCUUGGAGAAGGAAGAGAUUGAGAGGCUGUACGAUUUUGAAGAGGAGUGCGUGGAGGGGUAUUUUAGGGAACAGGAAGUUAAAUUAUCAAAUUCAAUAGAAGAAAGAGUUAGAAAUACGACAGAUAGAGUAGAAAAUAUAACGACCAAAAUGGAAGACUUGAACCAAAAAGCUAAUUGUCAAAUACAGUCUAUGCAGAGCGUGGAGUUUAGGUUACGUAAGCUAGAGGAUGUGGCCGAACAGACCAUGAACCACCUGGCGGUCAUCCACCGGUUCAUGGCGACGCACCCGUCACUCGUGAACCGGGGGUCGACGGACACACUCGGCCCCCCGCCCCCCACGUUCACCGCGGGGGCCGCUAGGCUACGGACCGCGAGCGACAGGUCGGAGGUGCUGUCGGACAGCGACACCGGCGCCGGUGCGCGGUUCAAGGUGCGCCCGGUGCAGGAGGAGGACGAGGCCUCGCAGCCCUCCGAAGAUGAGUUGCCGCAGUCGGGACCAGAUGUUGGAGGGGAGAAGGAAAGGGAGGCGGACUCUGUGUCAUCAUCGUCAGGCGGUAGCGUUGCGGGGCCCGAACUGAAUGUAACGGUUGUGAGGCCCAGCGCGCCGACACCGGCUCGCCAGCGGUCAUCGGACAGCAAUAGAACUGAACCUAGUGAAGAUAAGAAAAUUUCAUCGACCGGGGACGACACGUUUUUACCCGAGAUCCGCGACAUGCCAACGGACCAUCUCACGCUCAGGCCGCGGACCAUCUCCGCAGGGACCAGGAGGACCACCAACACCUCCGCCCGGCGACGGUCAGAGGGCGGUAACGACGUGGGCAUGGGCCACUACAGCACGCACCACCUGGCCCCGCGCAGGCAACACAGCCAGACGCACUCAGAGCCAGACAACUCCGCGGUCGACGCCAGCAGCCUGCAGAACUCUGUUACAGGAGCGGGUCAGUCGGGUCUCGAGCCAGCUGGCGCGGGGCUGUCGUCGUCGCGGUCCCGCGUGGGCGCGCCGCGGUCGCUGCUGCUGGCGAUGCACGAGUACACCAGCAUCACCGACGAGCUGGAGACGGUGUACGGCCUGUUCUCGCCGCCGCACACGCCCAGGACGCCUAUCACGACGCGCCUGCUCUCACCGGGUCGCGCCACUUCCCCGUCCCGGCGCCGCCACGCCAGCGAGAUGUCCAACCCCGAGUUCGCGCUGUACAUGGAGAAGGAGCACCUCCGAGGCGCCGAGGAGGACGACUACAUCAUCAUGGAGAACCUCAUACAGCGGCGCCUCGAAAUGGAGUCUGUCCUGGCCAGAUACGAGGAGGAGGCGGAGGCGCAGGCGGCGGGGGCCGCGGGGAUCAGCAUCAGCGUCAGCGAUGGCGACGCGUUACCCGCCACCUCGCAUCUUAGUGUCGACCGUCUGAUGAUGCAGAGGCAUUCUCUGCGUCGGGCGUCGGCGAUCGACAGCCGCGAGCUGCCGUCGCCGCAGCAGCCGCUGCUGGGGGACGACUGCGGCGAGCUCACCCUGCCCGUGCCUAGGCAGCCAUCGGGUGAUACGAACGCAUCAAGCGAGCUGUCCCUGUCGCACAUGGUGAGCGAGAACCCGCCGCCGCGGCCGUCCAUCGUGCUGGACUCGUCGCAGCUGCCCCGCCAGCGCUCCGCCGAGCGACCGCCGCCGCCCGCCGCGCCCGCGCCGCCCGAGACCAUGUGCUAGGUAAUUUUGUGCAAUAAAACAAGAGAAGUAUGAAAUACGCCAACGUUAUCAUAAUAUUUUAUCUUAUUUAUUGUUUACAAUGAAAUACUG